AUGCAUACUGCAGCACAAUUUUCCAUUAGUACACUUAAUAAUUUAUAUGAAAUAUCUAGUGUAGAAGUAGGUCAACACUUCUAUUGGCAAAUAGGCAGUUUUGAAGUUCACGCACAAGUACUUAUAACUUCCUGGAUUGUUAUUGCUAUUUUAUUAAGUUUAGCUGUUUUAGCAACACGUGAUUUACAAACUAUUCCAACAAGUGGUCAAAAUUUUGUUGAAUAUGUUUUAGAAUUUAUUCGAGAUUUAACUAGAACUCAAAUUGGAGAAGAGGAAUAUAGACCUUGGGUUCCAUUUAUAGGAACUAUGUUUUUAUUUAUUUUUGUUUCAAAUUGGUCUGGUGCUCUUCUUCCUUGGAGAGUUCUUGAAUUGCCUCAUGGAGAAUUAGCUGCGCCUACAAAUGAUAUUAAUACAACAGUUGCAUUGGCACUGUUAACAUCAGUAGCUUAUUUUUAUGCAGGUCUUCAUAAAAGAGGCUUAAAUUAUUUUGGUAAAUAUAUUCAACCAACUCCGGUACUUUUACCAAUUAAUAUUUUAGAAGAUUUUACAAAACCUUUAUCACUUAGUUUUCGACUUUUUGGAAAUAUACUAGCUGAUGAAUUAGUAGUAGCUGUUCUUAUUUCAUUAGUACCUUUAGUUGUUCCUAUUCCUAUGAUGUUUUUAGGCUUAUUUACAAGUGCUAUUCAAGCUUUAAUCUUUGCAACUCUAGCUGCAGCUUAUAUUGGAGAAUCCAUGGAAGGUCAUCAUUAA